AUGGACGCUCGUCUCCGCCGCGUGAAUAAGGAAAUAGCUGACUGCAAGAACGAUAAAUCUUCAAACAUCAAAAUCGACCUAAUGGAUUCAUCACCAUUUCACCUCAAGGGAUCUUUCCCCGGCCCUCAAGACACGCCAUAUGAAGGUGGUCACUUUGAGGUGGAUAUCGUCAUCCCCGACUCAUAUCCGUUCCAACCUGUCAAGAUGAAAUUCAUCACGAAAGUGUAUCAUCCAAACAUAUCAUCGGCAUCCGGAGCUAUCUGUCUUGACAUCCUCAAGGACGCGUGGUCGCCUGUUCUGACGCUCAAAUCAACGCUGAUCUCGCUUCAAUCGCUGCUGUGUUCUCCUGAGCCUAAUGAUCCGCAAGAUGCGGAGGUUGCGAAGCACUACACCACUAGCAAGCGAAGCUUUGACGAGACAGCAAGGUACUGGACACAGAUAUAUGCCGGAGGGCCUUUAGUCAAGAAGAUGGAAGUGAAGGAGCCACAAAGAGAUGAGAUCGCAAUAGCGGGUCUUGAAAAAGCCCAUGUAGAUCAGUUCGAGAGUCUUGGUUUCGAGCGCUCAAAAGUAAUCGACGUUCUUCGGAGACUGAAUUACCGUGGCGCGAACGUUGCCAAUAUUUCGGAAGAUAGGAUUGUAGAAGAGCUUUUGAAAUGA